CUGUGUGAACAACUGAGGCAGGAUGGAAAGUCGCUGUUCUUAGACUGGGUGCAGGCAGUUCUAUUGGAGACGUGCUUCGCUAAAGAUACACGUGAACACAAAACCCACCACCACAACAUCGAGGGUGACCGCGUGAGACAGAGCAGCUACACCACGCAGGACGCGCACCGACACGUGUUCGACACCAUGCUGAAGAGGAAUACAGACAUGCCCGUCAUAUCGCCCGUGUCAUAUCACUCCUUGUUGUUAAAUCAAUCCGUUCCACUGGUUCCGUGGAACAAUGAACAAGCGUCCGUGUGUAAGGACUUGAAGUUCCUGCAGCUCGCACAUAAACUGGGUUUCCAUAUGCCGGUAGACACCGGGAAAGUUUUAAUAAGAAUACCAAACUUUUGGACGCCUGAUUUUCUUUACGAAGUAGCUGAGAAAAUAUCACCUAUCAAUAAAUCCAAGCUAAGGUUUUCUCUGAGCGAUAUAAGCGCGUGUGGUGCCGGCGGCGGGUAUCAGACGCGCGGCGUGCUGUCCGAACUACCUCCCGGGACACACGACUACUUCCAAAUACACAAACAGAAACACGUCGCUACCAUCGUUAACUUCACGCCCAUGCCCGGACCAUCUUUUUCAACUACAGACGAGGACUAUAAACCCAACUGGUUGGAAAUGGUCCAAAAGUCACAGGAAUACAAAAAUAACUUUGGAUUUAGGAAAAUCAAUAUUAACAGAGAGGAGGUGGUGGUUUCCAAGUCGUCGAUGGAGGUGCCCCCUGCCGCCGUGCUCCCGCCGGCCCUAGUGUUACCGUCCGCCGUCAACAUGAAGCAGGACGGCAGCGGAUACGUUAAUAACGACUCGGAAUAUAAUAGUGUGUGCGAGACGGCAUCCGUGGCUUCAGACCUGACCCGCAUGUAUGUUUCUGAUGAAGACGACAAGCCCGAGCCGCUGAGACAUGUGAAGCCCCGCGACCUCGCCCCAGACGACGCCUCCGCCGAGAAGAGACCCCGAGUACAGUUCACUGAACACUUUUAA